CCCAGCUCGACGCGCACGCGCUGAAUUGAUUCCUCCACUCCGUCCGGCCGGCCGAUCCCCACAGCUGUCCUCCAAUUAAUCAAGCACCAUUUCUCCCCUCCCACAACUCAACGAAUCGCCACCUCCCCGUCCCCACCGCCAUGGCUUCCCCACCAACCCCUUGCCGCCUCGCCAUCCUCCUCCUCGGCGUCCUCUGCUCCGCCGCCGCCGUCGCCGCCGCGCGGUACGCCCCGGCGGACGACCACCUCCUCGCGUGCGGCGCGGAGGCCGCAGCCGUCCUCCCCGACGGCCGCCGCUUCGUCCCGGACUCCGGCUGCGCCUCUACCCGCCUCCGCUCCCCCGCCCCGACCCUCUCAUCCGCUGCGCCGCCCGGCUCCCCGCCGCCGCCUUCCCCGCUCCACGCCUCGGCACGGGUCUUCUCCUGCCGCGCGUCCUACGACCUCGCCGUCCGCCGCCGCGGGCGCCACAUCCUCCGCCUCCAUUUCUACCCCUUCGGCCCCGCCCUCUCCGACUCCCGCUUCCACGUGGGCGCCGGGGGUUUGCUCCUCCUCCACAACUUCAACGCCUCGUCCCCCGUCAUCAAGGAGUUCAUCCUCCCCGUGGACUCGGACGUCCUCGUCCUCACCUUCGUCCCUGACUCCGGCUCGACCGCCUUCAUCAACGCCAUCGAGCUCGUCUCUGCGCCCGAGGAGCUCGUAGGCGACAUUGGCACCCUCGUCACGUCCGGCGGCGCCUCUCAGAUCGACGGGCUUUCGUCUCAGGUGUUUGAGACUCUCUACAGGAUCACCGUCGCCGGUCGUAAGGUCACGCCGUUCAAUGACACGCUGUGGCGGACAUGGGUUAACGAUGCGGACUUCCUCGUUGGCACGGACUCGACCAACUACAAGGUAUGGUCGUUCAGUGGCCGGAUCGCUUAUCCCAAGGGUAGCAGGCAGAUGACCCGGGAGGUGGCUCCUGACAAUGUCUACAGAUCUGCGAGAUCAGUGAAGCCAGGGGCCAAUGUGACUUGGGGUUUCCCCGUGCCCGCUAGCAGCCGGUACCUCGUGCGUAUGCACUUCUGUGACAUUGUUAGCAAGGCGUUGUAUGAGCUCUACUUCAAUAUCUACGUCAAUGGCAAUCUUGCAGUCAAGGAUUUCGAUCUCUCUAGCACCACCGGAUUCUUGGCCUAUCCUUAUUACAUCGACUUUAUUGUUGACGUGGAGGAUGAGGGGAUGCUGAAAUUGGCCAUCGGUGGCUUGAAGCAGAGCAGAUCUGAUGAAGUAAGCGGUAUCCUUAAUGCGCUGGAGAUUAUGAGGAUGAACAAGACAAGUGGUGGUAUGGAUGGAAACUUCCCAAUUGCGCUAGACAUGGAGUAUGGGGUGAGUAAGGGGAUCGGGGAAGUCGCCCGCUCCCUGCUUUGUGGUUUCAUCUUUGCUGGGUUGUUUGUGGCUUUGGUCAUGCUGGUGCUGAGGUUGAGGAUCGAGCUGAGGAAUAAUGGUACAGCUUGGUCUUGGAAACCAAUGGACUCCGGUGAAGGGAAAUUGGCUAAAGCAUAUCAGCUUGUGCCCAGUAAGGCAGACUAUUGAAUGAUAUGAGCUUAGCAUCUUUGAGGAGCGGCAAACUACAGCUGUUGUAUGUAUCUAAUCUCGUAAUAUUUCUAUUCAGUUGUAAGUAUUGUAGUUGUAGUUUUACUUCAUACUCCUUUCAUGCUUGAACUUUGGGUUGUCUGAGCUCUGCUAAUGGAGGACAUGCUCGCUAUAUUGUAAAAGUAUUUUACCCCAGAUGUCUCUGUAUUGCAACUACUUCACUUAUUCAGUUCAUUUUCUGAAA